GCCUUUCCCUUUUCUUCUUCUUCGUUGGUCUCUUUGGAGCGGUUAGAACCAAAAAAUGGAUGAAACCUGCUGCAUUCACGAAUAUGUUUACUGGACUGAAUUCCAGUCCAAGCGAUUCUACCAGAUUCUGCCUCAGGGUGACGAUCGCCAGCUCAGCAUUCCGAGUAAGUUUGUUCAGAAUGUUAAGGAGCUAAUUUGUGGAAUUGUUAGUUUGAAAGGUCCUGCUCGGAAGACUUGGAAGGUGGAAUUGAAUAAAACACAAGAUGGUUUCUUUUUCCAAAAUGGAUGGUCACAGUUCGUUAAAGAUAAUUGCUUAGAAGCAGGGAAUCUGUUGGUGUUUAGAUACAGUGGGCAUUUACAUUUCGAUGUCUCCAUUUUCGAUCAUGAAAGCUUAUGUGAGAAAGCUUGUUCCUUUUUCGUCGAGAAUCGUGGCUGCCGUGUCACCAGGAACGAUUACGAGGAAGCUUCACCUUCAGGCUCUCGUUUACCCAACCUUUUUGGAUCAUCGAAGAAGCAUCGAAGCGACAGGGUAAAGCCACACCCAACGCUGCCGCAGCAACCAGCUACUCAACAUACUCCCUCUGAAGCUCCUGUUGCUAGGGUUAAGACACCGUGUCCGACCACUAGACCCGUUACUGCCAAGCGGAAAUUCAGGAGUGAAGAGCACGAUUCUUCUGGUUUUGGUUCGGCUUUUAGUGAUGAACCAGAUGAAGAUUCUUCAGGGGAUUCUUCAGGUGAAAUUCCGCCACCGGGCUUCAAGUACACUGUUCGUGAACAUAAAUCCGGUAGAAGACCUGCAACUGAAGAAGAAAAGAAAAAAGCCCUGGAAUUGGCUGACAAUGCCUUUGCUGCUUCUUCGAAUGAGAGAUUCUUGGUCGUUAUGCGAAAGUCCCAUGUUUAUAGAGGAUUUCUGUUGACGAUCCCUUACGACUUCGCCCUGAAGCAUUUUCCUCCAAACAACAAAUAUUGCACUCUCUGUUGCCAAGGCCAUAAAAAGGUUGUCAUGUUUAAACCCAGACAAAGCCCUGUUGGUGGAACGUUUUCAAAGGGUUGGGCUAAUUUUGUUCUGGAGAACAACAUAGAGGAACAUGACAUUUGUUUGUUCGAGCUUGUUGAUCCAGUGCAGAAGCAGGAGGAGCAGGAGGAAAUUGUCUUAAAAGUUCAAAUCUUUCGAGCGGUUGAAGAAAUGGUUCCCCUGACUUGCCUCAGAACUCCUCGCCUGGGCUGCAGUGCAAAGAAAACUCAGAGAGGUGGAGCCUCUGGACGAGGGCGUGGACGUGGGCGAGGGCGUGCUCGAGGAAGGGGGCGAGGGAGAGGGAGAGGGAGAGGGAGAGGGCGAGGGCGAGGGCGUGGACGUAGCAAGAGUUCCUUGUAA